CAUCGCUGUCUCUUGCCCCCACUGUUCUCCCCUUGCAGCCACAGGUCGCAGCAGCAGCAAGCAUGGACAUUACCAUCCAGCACCCCUGGUUCAAGCGUGCUCUGGGACCCCUCAUUCCAAGCCGUUUGUUCGACCAGUUUUUUGGAGAGGGUCUCUUUGAGUAUGAUCUCCUGCCUUUGUUCUCUUCCACUAUCAGCCCCUACUACAGGCAGUCCCUCUUCCGCAGCGUGCUGGAGUCGGGCAUUUCAGAGGUGAGGUCUGACCGGGACAAGUUUACAAUCAUGCUGGAUGUAAAACACUUCUCUCCCGAAGACCUGAGUGUGAAGAUUAUUGAUGACUUUGUGGAAAUCCAUGGCAAGCACAGUGAAAGACAGGAUGAUCACGGCUACAUCUCCCGUGAAUUUCACCGCCGGUACCGUCUGCCCGCCAACGUGGACCAGGCUGCCAUUACCUGCUCCCUGUCCAACGACGGCAUGCUGACCUUCUCGGGCCCCAAGGUCCCCUCCAACAUGGACGCCGGCCACAGCGAGAGGCCCAUCCCUGUGUCCCGGGAGGAGAAGCCCACCUCCGCGCCUUCUUCCUAAGCCUGCCUGUUGCUGCGCUACACAGGUUGCCACUGUCUGCAGGUCUCAUUCCCAGAGCCAUUGCAUAGAUAUCAGUGAAUAUCUAGAGGGGUUUAUUUUGUUGGUUCCCCCCCUCCCUUUCCUUUGUUCCUUUUUUUUUUUUUUCUUCCCCUUUUCCCUUGGAUGGGACAAGGGGCUGGGUGAAGUGGCUGGUGGA